AUGGCAAUAUGUAUAGAAGACAAUAUAGUUCAGGUGGUUCCCGUAAUCUGUAAUCCACCUCCUAAGCCUACAUGUGCCAAUGGGCUUUCUCCUGUGCAAGUCAUUGAUGAGGAUGGAUGCUGUUGGCACUGGGAGUGUGAUUGCUACUGCACUGGCUGGGGAGACCCACAUUACAUGACUUUUGAUGGAUUGUACUACAGCUACCAAGGGAACUGUACAUACGUUCUUGUGGAAGAGAUUUCUAAGAAAGUGGACAACUUUGGUGUCUACAUUGAUAACUACCAUUGUGAUACACGGGAUGUAGUCUCCUGUCCUCGGACGCUCAUUGUGAGACAUGAGACUCAGGAAGUGCGCAUAGCGACAGUCAAGCCAAAUACUCUACAAGUAGAGGUGACAGUAAACAAACAGCCAGUGGCUUUGCCUUAUAAAAAAUUUGGCCUGAGCAUCUAUGAGUCAGGCAUAAAUCGUGUAGUGGAAAUUCCUGAACUAAAGAUGAAUGUAACCUACAAUGGCUUGUCCUUUUCUAUCAGAAUGCCCUACAGCCUAUUUGGCAACAACACUCAGGGACAGUGUGGUACUUGCAAUAACAACACAGCAGAUGAUUGCAUGUUGCCGAAUGGAAACAUUGCAGAAAACUGUGAAACCAUGGCAGAUCAUUGGCAAGUUGUUGAUCCCUCCAAACCACAAUGCUCUCCAGGCCUAAUUCCUACAAAAGUACCUAGCACAACUCCAGUGCAGCCUUGCAAAGAGUCUUCCAUCUGUGAACUUCUUCUGGGAAGUGUGUUCAAGCCAUGCCAUGGUUUUGUCCGUCCUGAGAAGUACUAUGCAGCCUGUGUUUUUGAUAGUUGUGUACUUCCCAACUUAGACUUGGAAUGCUCAAGUCUGCAAAUCUAUGCUGCCACCUGCACUGAUCAGGGUGUAUGCAUUGACUGGAGAAGUCAUACCAAUGGCAUUUGCUCUUAUAAAUGCCCCUCAGAUAAAGAAUACAGAGCAUGUGGUCCUAUUAAAGAGAGAACCUGCAAAUCAAGUCAACAGAAUGAAACUUCAACUGGACAAGUGGAAGGCUGUUUCUGUCCUAAUGGAACAAUGCCAUAUGACUCUGGUGUGGAUGUCUGUGUGGAAACAUGUGGCUGUGUUGGAGUGGAUAAGAUACCAAGAGAGUUUGGGGAAAAGUUUACAGUAGACUGUCAGGACUGUAUUUGCCUGGAAGGUGGAAGUGGCAUUGUGUGUGAGCCUCAUGAAUGUGCCGAACAAAGUAAGACCAGUUGUGAUGGAGAAGGCUUCUAUGAGGUCAAUGAAGUCAAUUCUGAAGACUCCUGUUGUCCCAUUGUCACCUGCAAAUGCAAUACAAGCUUGUGCACAACUAAAGCCCCCAAGUGUACACUGGGAUUUGAAGUUCAUUCCCACAUCCCCAGUGGUCAGUGCUGUCCUGUGUACCAGUGUGUUCCCAAGAGGGUCUGUGUAUAUCAGAAUGCUGAGUUCUUGCCUAAUUCCUCGGUCUUUGUUGAUAAGUGUCAGAAUUGUUUCUGCACUAAUGAAGUUAAUGUCACCACUCAGCUGAAUAUCAUCUCAUGUGAACAUAUUCCAUGCAACACGUAUUGUGAGCCAGGAUAUGAACGUCAACCAGUUAAAGGUGAAUGUUGCGGAAAAUGUGUGCAGACUAAGUGUGUUAUACAUACACCAAACAUUCCUGACCUCAUCUUGAGUCCUGGAGAGUUUAAAAAUGAUCCUAACAACAACUGCACUAUUUAUAGCUGUGUAAAUAUCCACAAUCAGUUUAUCUCUUCCACGUCUGAGAUUACCUGCCCACCAUUCAAUGAGGAGAGUUGCAAACCUGUAAGGGACUAUUACAUUGUUACCUAA